UUUUUUCUUUGUCCGCUUUCUUUGCCUCUGAAAGGAGGAAGACGUGGAGCAGCUGGUGAAGAAGACAAUGGCCCUGCAGACAGACAUUGUGGAACUACAGAGAAUCCCACAGGGCGGAAAACAAGGGAGCUCCUUGGAUGAUCUGGAGAACCAGGCAAGAGAGUUGUACCGGAAAUUGAGAGAAAAACCAAGAGAUCAAAGGACUAGCGGGGACAGCCAAGAAGUAGUACGAUUGCUCCUACAGGCAAUCCAGACCUUUGAAAAGAAGAUCCGCCUCCUUUAUGUUCAACUCAGUAAUACCGUGGUUUGCAAGCAGAAGGCCCUGGAACUAUUUCCUAAGGUGGAUGAGGUGAUGACUCUUAUGCACGAAGAUGAGAAAACAGUUGUCCGGCUUCAGGAGAAACGACAGAAGGAGCUCUGGAAUCUCCUGAAAAUUGCAUGUAGCAAAGUCCGUGGGCCGGUCAGCGGAAGUCCAGAUAGUAUCAACAUAUCGCGUCCUAAUAACCCUGGUCAGCUGUCACUCCAGGUUAUAACUCCACAAAAUCAUUUGGUGGACUCUGGGGUUAAAAGUGAGGAUCUUCUGGUGGAAACUCACAGCCUCUGUAGUCAGCUGGAGAAUGUCAUGGUGGAUACAAUGAAGGAUCAAGAGCACAGCUUUAUGACUUUGGACUGGAGUUGGCUGGAACUUCCAGCGGAAGAAAGAAAAAGACUAGAACAAACUCAGAUGUGAAUAUAAUCUUAAUUUAAUCACAUAAUAAUUAACUUUCCAUCAUGUUGAUGACCUCACGUUAGUGUAAAGUGCUGUUCUUGUGAAGAAAUCUAUACUUGAAGCCUA